AUGAAAUUCUUUCCUCAGAUUGCCGCCGCUUUGGCACUGCUCCCGGGCGCCCUCGCCGUUGACCGUAAGGUUUCUGUGAUUGUGUCUUUUGACGACCGGGAUACUCCUGACUCUGUUGUCGCCGCGGCACGACAGAAGAUCAUUGAUGGAGGCGGCCAAAUUACGCAUGAUUACCAGAUAAUCAAGGGGUUUUCCGCUAUUGCACCUGAAAAAUCGCUCGAAAUGGUACAGACCUUUGGCAGUGAUCACUCAAUUAGGGUGGAAGAGGAUCAGGUCCUCACCGCGAAUAGCGGUUGA